CCAGGAUGAAGGGAAUUCAAUUAGCCCACGUUGCCAACACUGAUUAAGUGCCAGGCGACUCUCCACCCCGGCUGUGCAUUAGAAUCAUCCAGGUGCUUUUAAAAAUGGCUGGUGCUAGCCCAACCCCAGGCCACUGGAAUCAGGCUCUGGAGGCAAGUGUAGGCACAGGUACUUGUAAGCGUGCUGCAGACAAUUAUAAUGCACAGGCAGUUGGCAUACGACUGCUCAGAAGUGGGAUAGAAGUCUACCCAAACUCCGCCAAGACCAUCUCAACCCCUGCUUCCUUCAGGCUGGCCAGCUGCAGCGAGAAGACAUCACCAGGAAAUUCCCUAGCUAUUGUAACUCGUGACAGCAACAUCAGAUUAAUCAUCAACCCUGUAACAUGAUCCUGGCUUAUAAUAGGGGACCCAUGUAGACUCUGGAAACCUGUCCACUGGCCUCUCCAGAGAACUCCUUCCAGAACCACGGACCUUGGGCCGGAAGACCUCAGGCUGAUGGGGGCCCAGCUCUGCUCACAGGCUGACGCCAAGGCGACUCCGGAGAUCCUUCGCUUCCACGCAGAGGCCAAGGGCAUGCAUGUCCGUCUGGAUGCUCGGCAAAGCACUGCGUAUCGGUUCGCCACCUUCCACGAUGGCAUCGUGUUCAGCCAGCGGCCGGUGCGGCCCAGGGAGCGCGUAGUGCUGCGCGUUCUGCGGCACCAGGAUGGUUGGUGCGGCGGCCUCCGUGUAGGCUUCACCCGCCUGGACCCUGCGCACCUGCCGGCGCCCAGCCUGCCGCCCUUCGUGUGCCCUGACCUGGAGCAGCAGAGCCCGACAUGGGCGGCUAUGCUACCUCAUGGCUGUGCGCUGGCGGGGGACGUGGUUUGCUUCUGGGUGACCCAACGCGGCCGGCUCUGCGCCCAGGUCAACGCGGGCCCCCGGCUCCUGCUGCGCAAAGGCUUGCCGGUGGGCGCCCCUCUCUGGGCUGUGAUGGACGUGUACGGGACCACCAAGGCCAUCCAGCUGCUGGAUGUCACAGCCAACACCUUCCCCACAGCCACGCCCUGGGCCCUCUGUGAGGACAUGCCAUCUGAGCCUGAAGCCACAGCAGGAGAGGAGUGUGUCAUCUGCCUCCACCACGCUGCCAACACCUGCCUUGUCCCCUGCGGCCACACGCACUUCUGCAGCUGCUGUGCCUGGCGGGUCUUCGGGGACACGGCCAGGUGCCCUGUAUGUCGCUGGGAGAUCGAGGCAGUAGUCCCAGCAUGGGGUGGGGUCUUCCUGCUCUGAGAACUGCAGAAGGCCCCCUGGUGAGAGUGGUAGGUUGCGCCUAGCUUCCAGCCAGCCCUGCAGUAGGAGGGCCCACCCUCUUUUUGGAGGAAAAUCAGAAAGGCUGGUUGGUAAUAAGCACAGCAGAGACAGGAAGACAGUGGACGAUGGCUCUUCCCCUUGGCCCCAACAGGUCAGGGCUAGUGGCACGAGGAGAGGACCCUCUUUCAGUUCACUCCAGAACCGUCCUCCUGAUGGGAGGCCUGGCUGUAGACAGUGGCUCAGCAGUGGCCAGUGGGCUUCUGAUCCCUCUGUUUAGCUUCAGGUUCCUUUGUGCCCAGGGCUUACCAAGGCUUUUGGCUGGCUGCCCGGCACAGCUGCACAUAAGUGCCAGGGUUCUUGGGACUCAAGAACCCAUGCGAGUUAACGAGGAGGAUCUUUGUUCAGAGAUGGGCAGCCUGCCCCUGGCUUUAUAGCCGAGAGGGUUAAGGUGUCUGCAUGUACCUGUGGCAACCCUGCUCAUUGAGGCUUAAGGACCCAGACUGGAUGCAGAGAGGCAUCUGGGUGGAUAGAGUGUGGGAGCUGGGUUACUGCCGCCAAGUCCUCAGUAAAGCGGAUCGGUAGUUACCCACCUUGGCUGUGAGGUCCCAGUGAGAUUACAUAUCUGAAGGUGACUCAGAAAACAAGUUGUCAUUGUGCUGUCUUCUUGCCAAUUUCUAAGAUAGCGAAAUAAAACUUGUCUUUUAUGAAUGA